GUUGUGGCGUACAUUGGGCGGGUUUGACUAAAAAAAGGGAAGCCACGUUGACACAAAAAGUGGUGAUUUCUGUGUUUUUUUCCGACGCCGGGAAAUAACGGUCACGUCGUCAACUUUCAUCUGUGAGUCGAGGAGACUCAGCUGGAACAUCUAGGAAAAGGGCAGAGAAGCCACAUCAUCUGACAGGAUGAGUGUUGGAUUCAUUGGAGCGGGCCAGCUGGCUCACGCGCUGGUGAAGGGUUUCACGGCUGCAGGUGUGAUUGCUACACAGAGGAUUACGGCCAGCUCCCCAGACACAGACCUGCCCACUGUGUCGGGUCUGAGGAAAAUGGGGGUGAACCUGACAACAAGCAACAAAGAGACAGUCAGUAAGAGUGAUGUGCUCUUUCUGGCCGUGAAGCCCCACAUCAUCCCCUUCGUUCUGGAUGAGAUCGGGCCAGACAUCGAGGACCGCCAUCUCAUAGUCUCCUGUGCUGCAGGUGUCACCAUCAGCUCCAUAGAGAAGAAGCUGCUUCAGUACCGUACAACUCCUAAAGUGAUGAGGUGUAUGACUAAUACUCCAGUGGUGGUGAAAGAGGGAGCUACAGUGUAUGCUACUGGGACUCAUGCAGAGGUAGAGGACGGCAAGUUACUGGAGCAGCUGAUGGCCAGUGUAGGUUUCUGCACUGAGGUGGAGGAGGACCUCAUUGACGCUGUCACUGGGCUCAGUGGCAGUGGGCCCGCUUAUGCGUUCACAGCGCUGGAUGCUCUAGCAGACGGAGGAGUGAAGAUGGGUCUGCCCAGGAGACUGGCUGUCAGACUUGGAGCUCAGGCCUUAUUGGGAGCAGCUAGGAUGCUGCUGGACUCGGAGCAGCACCCCGGCCAGCUGAAGGACAACGUAUGCUCACCAGGUGGCGCCACCAUCCAUGCCCUGCACGUCCUGGAGAGCGGUGGCUUCCGCAGCCUCCUGAUCAACGCAGUGGAGGCUUCAUGCAUCAGGACACGGGAGCUGCAGUAUCUGGCUGACCAGGAGCGCAUCUCUCCAGCAGCCAUCAAGAAAACUACGCUGGACCAGGUGCUCCAGCAGCCCGGAGUCACAGUCAGCGGAGUGGCUAACGGGAACGGCAAAUCAGGGCUCAGCCUGUUCAACAAUCGUAGCCCUGGCGUCAAGAAGAAGAACUGAGUGCACAGAGAGGCAGGCGCACACACAAACACAUUACAAGGCUCAAGUGUACCAACGUGUACCAACGUGUACACACACGAACGUACAAACAUACAUCUCCAAAAGCUGUUCAGCCAUUCCUGUUGACAAACUGACUCAGGAUGGCUCUGAAGUCACAUCUGUAUUACUUUGCCAAAAUUAUUUAUUCAUACUUGAAUCAAAUGCGGACAAUGGACCCGGUGCACCACAGUGCACACAAGCGUUGCUCACAGUUAUAGCCUUAUGUUGUGAUGCAGGAUUACUGUCUACACAUGAACACAUUCAGAUACACACUGAAGAGCAAAAGUGCAUUUACAAUCUGUUUUCUGCCUGUGUUUGGUCUCUAGACUAUCUAGAGCUGUUAAACAGUAAUGACCCAGUGGGCCAUCAUAGGAUCCUGGUACACACCAGACAGCAGAUGGCUGCUGGGAUACCAUCAAGCUGUUAAUGUACGUCUUCAAUGUCCUGUGUUUUUUUUUUUUUUUUAAAAACAAUGAAGAUACAAUGUUAGACAUCAUGUUCCUUCUUCUGCUUUUCCAAAUAAUUUUAAAGACUGAACAAAAAAAGUAAUAGCUUUAUUUUAUGUAGUUUUGUUUGUCACGUAUAAACAUUAUGAUCUUUCUGGAUAAAUCUCUGCAUUGAUUACAGGUGGGUUUAUAGCACAUUAAGAACAUGGUGCCUUCGACUCUGACCCAGAACUUUAUUUUUCUCACAUAACAAGGUCAUUCCAAGCUUUAAUGCACCUCUGAUAUCAGAAUUAUCCUCAUAUCAAUAAUAUGUUUGUUGCUGUUAAAUUUAAUUUUAACAAUGAUUGCAAGUCUUAAACCCCAAAUCUUGAACCGUUAUUUUGAACCUUUUGGUGUUUUAAACCACAAAGGCACUUCUCACCUUUUCUCUCGUGAGGAGAAUGUGAUAUUGUUGCCUGAAAGUGCUCCAAGAAAACUGAAAUCAUUCACACUUGUCAAAGAAUAUAUUCAUGAGUACGAUGUAAAAGAAUUACAUCAGUCAUUAGUCCGUCCUAAUUGUGUGUUUUGUAUUGUUAGAAUUAUAUUUAUCCCCAUAAUGUUAUGUAUUAUUUUGUUUGGUCUAUCAAUCACUAAGAUGGUUUACCGGUCAAAAAGUCAAUAUUAAAGAAGCAGAAACAAAUA